AUGAUAGAGUCGCUACAGCCAAUCAUCAGCUGGAAGGGCAUGGAGCACACCAAUGCAAGUGGGCAUUCUUUCACAACGCGGCUUCUGUUCUCGGCAGUGCGAAGCGAGCUGUACCACGGUGAUGCGACAUUGGAUGCCUUAAAUCUGGCCCUUACAAACGAUUUACUUGGUCUUUACAAUGAUGGUCUGGAAGUACUUUGGCUCAUAUUACAUUCAGGCUUUUUUCAUUCACCUGUUGAAAAAUGGGUUUCACAUAGAAAGGUUGCUCGCUGUACUGCUUGA